AUGAAAUUAUUAAAUCAAUCAUCAGUAACAAUACGAGCGAAUGAAGAAGAAGAUGGUGAUGAUGAAAUAUUUUUGACCUUGCCAAAAGAUCUAAAAGAUGUUAAGCACCUCUAUGAAGUGUUAAACAAUUGUGAAAGUAUUGACAUAUUGAUUUGUUAUGUAACGACUUAUAUAUUUUUGCAAUCCUUUGCAAUACCAGGAAGUGUGAUGUUGAGUGUUUUAGGUGGAAGCUUAUGGGGAAGUUGGAAGGCUUUAGUGAUUUGUUCAGCAACAGGAGCAACAAUUUGUUAUUUAUUAUCUUAUUACUUCGGUAAAAACAUCACUGAAAAAUAUUGGAAGGAACGUAUGAUUAAUUGGAAUCAGCAAUUAAAUGAGCAUAGAAAUAAUUUGUUUUCUUAUAUAUUAUUUUUGAGAGUAACUCCAUUUCUACCAAAUUGGUUCAUCAAUAUUGCAUCUCCUCAUUUAAGAGUUGAUGUUGGUAAAUUUUAUUGGGCAACAUUCCUUGGUGUCGCUCCACUUUCUUUUAUCCAUGUCCAGGCGGGAGAAACUAUACAUGAAAUGUCAGAAGCUGAGAACUUUACAUUUCUAACAAUUCAAAAUAUAACCACAAUCAUAUUAAUCAGCAUUACUGCAUUAAUACCAAUUGUGUUAAAAUCCAAUUGUAACGCUUUAUUAAUGGGUAAUGCUGCUUCAAAAAAACGAUUGUCGAACAUCAUAAGCGAUCAUGAAAAAGGAAAGGAUAAAAGAGAUAAUAAUGGACCUAAUUCCGUUUCUGCUACUUCCAAAGACAAUUUAAGUGUUGAAACAAAUAGCAGAAAUUAG